AUGGUCUUACGGUCUAAAAAACCCAAAGAACAAGCUCCUGUUUACCUAUUUAAGGGAGAUAAGUAUGCUCGUAUCUUCUAUGAGGGUGCUGGAAAACUGUUGAACAGUAGCCCCAUACGCCAAAACUGGGUGACUUUAAGAGGGACUAUCUUUGAAAAUGGCAUAGAUGGUGCCUUUUCUUUGGAUCAUGAUACUUAUCCGAAUUCGGUAUACCUUUUCAAAGGAGAUACCUAUGCUCGUGUCACCUACACACCUGGCACCGCUACUGAGAAACUAGACAACUUGGCAAAAAUCAAGAGCUACUGGACUGGUUUAGGAAGCAUCUUGCCUCGUUCUAAUCAAUGA